AAACCUAAGCGGUGGAUAAAAAUGAAGAACUCGAAGCAUUCACACUCACGAACCGACGCCUAUUCCUCUAACUAACGGUCAAAAUCUUCAUCUCUAAGUAAAAUUCCUUCCUUUUUCGUCAGGUUUCCUUAUUUUCUUUGCCUCUAUAAAUUCAGCACAGAUCAUUUGAUUCAGAACAGAGUUUCGAAAGAUGGUUUAUGAAAUAUGGCUAAUUCCAUUUUUUGGGCAAGGUCAUCUUCUUCCCACCAUAGAACUCUGCAAGCAAAUUUUAUCAAGAAAUUUCAAAACCACGCUUAUCAUUUCAUCUGAUCUCUCCUCCAAUAUUCCUUCCUCUUUAACCCAAUACCCACUCUUUCAAGUAGCCGAAUUACCCUCAUCGCCGCCGCCGCCGCCGCCGCCACAUUCGGCCCCCGAUCCUUUCCAUCGACACCUUCACCACCAUUCAGAGAUGGCCCAAGGCAUUGAAGACCUCAUAGCGAAACGAUCUGAAAAUCCGGAUUCGACCCUGCCGAUUUGUGCUGUCGUUGAUGUUAUGAUGAGCUGGACUAAUGAAAUCAUCAAGAAAUUUCAGAUUCCAACAAUUGGGUUCUUCACUUCUGGCGCUUGCUCUGCGGCUAUGGAGUAUGCUAUUUGGAAGAACCACGCGGUAGAUCUGAAACCUGGAGAGAUCCGUUUGCUUCCCGGGUUACCCGAAGAUAUGGCUCUAACGGAUUCGGAUCUUAAAACAAGACCUCAUGGUCCUCCUCCGGCAGGAAAUGGUGGCGGGCCACCACCUCCAGCAGGUCCUCCUCCGGGUGGAAUUGGCGGACAGCAACCACCUCCACCUGGACCACCGCCUGGUUUUGGACGACGAAAAAUGGGUCCGCCGCAGCCCGGUGCUCCACCGCCGUGGUUGGAAGAUACCGAAGCGUCCAUUGCGUUGAUGAUGAAUACGUGUAACUUUCUAGAGCGUCCAUUUAUCGAGUACCUAACUAACGAAAUUGGAAAACCAGUUUGGGGUGUAGGUCCGUUAUUACCCGAGCAAUUCUGGAAAUCGACCGGUUCAAUUUUACAAGACAACCAAAUUAGAGCCAACCGGCGGUCCAAUGUAACUCAAGAAGAAGUUCUCACUUGGUUAGAUGCAAAAGCACCCGGUUCGGUUUUAUACAUAGCAUUUGGUACUGAAGUAGGACCUACAAUAGAUGAAUACACCCAAUUAGCAGAUGCAUUAGAAGCAUCAAACCGACCAUUUAUCUGGGCAAUUCAACUCAAUUCAGGUCGAGUCGGUCCACCUAGUCAAACUGGUUCAGACCAAGGUUAUUUUCCUCAUGGUUUACAAGAAAGAGUCGGAAAAAGAGGUUUGAUAAUACAUGGAUGGGCACCCCAAUUGUUGAUACUGAGCCACCCAUCAAUAGGUGGAUUUUUAUCACAUUGUGGAUGGAAUUCUAGUGUGGAAGCAAUUGGAGGUGGAAAAGCAAUCUUGGGAUGGCCAAUUAGAGGUGAUCAAUAUUAUAAUGCCCAAUUGAUAGUUAAACAUCUCAAAAUUGGAUUUAUGAUUUCUAAUGAUUUUUCAAGACUGAUUAGUAAAGAUGAUAUAAUUAAAGGAAUCGAGAGGUUGAUAGGAGAUGAACAAAUCAAGAACCAAGCAAGAUUGCUUAGUGCUCAAUUUGAAAAUGGGUUUCCAAUUAGUUCAAUUAGUUCUUUAGAUGCUUUUAGGGAUUUUAUUAUCUACAAGAAAUAUAAAUUGUAAAGUUUAGUUGCUUAAUUUUUAAUUUUAAAUUUGGGUGCUAGUAUGGAAAAAUAUGAUGUAAUGCAAUUAUGUAUGAAUUAUUACUAAGAUGUUAUUAAUUAGUUUCUAAUAAUUUUUUA